CUACCUACUUUUGUAUUGGUUUUGCAAAAUUUCUUUUAUUGCUUGCAGAAAUCAUAAAGUAGUACGAUGUGCUGUUCCGAAAUAUCCUAGUUACCAGCCAAAACCUAUUUUCUACCCCCUGCACCAGAUGAGCUUCUAAAUGGUUGUGUCUGAUUCCUUCUUGUUCCCUCCUUCUGCUAUGAUGAAGGUCAGAGUGACUAAUAUGAAUGGUGUAGAUGCUGUGGUGGAUGUUGGUAAAGACUGGACAUGUGAAAAGGUGAAGUUAUCAUUAGAUCAUUUGCUUGACCUGCCUCCAUCUUUGACUGGAAUAUCAAAUGAUGCUUUGAAAAACUCCUCUAUGUUUAAACUGAUAUUGCUACGGACUGGGAAAACUUUAGCUGAUGACAGUACUUUAGCACAACAAGGGGUGCGAGAAAAUGAUGAACUCCUGUUGUUAAAGAAACGCCUAGUGGCCUCAGUGUUGGAUGCUGACAGGCUGCGUGAUGAUAAGAAGGCACCUGAUAUAGCCACAAUACGUAAAGCCACAGCACACUUACCCAAGAAAAACCAUGACAUGCCAGCAGAGGAGCCCACAUCCAGUCUAGAUUUUCAGAGUGAAUUGCGGAGAAUUCUCAUCUCUCUGAUUGAAGCAUCACAGCGAAUCCUUUGUCUCAACCCAGAGGCUGCAAAGAUAUUUAAACAGGCUGAAGACAUGCUAAAUGAAGCUCCAACACGCAAGUCAGGGAUCUCUGAAGCCAAUGUCAAGCAACUCACUGAUAUGGGUUUUCCUGAAAACAGAGCAAAGAAAGCUCUUCUACUAAACCAGCAGUCUGUGAUGUCAGCUAUGGAGUGGCUCCUCACAAAUGAAUCAGACCCUGAUAUUGACAGUCCCCUCCCUGGCCAAGAGGCAAGCACUGAAGAGGUUGUUGAAGCUAAAACAACACCAGAGGAAGUGCCGAUUGCUCCAGAGCUCAACUCCGCUGAGGGCCUGCAGGGCGCCACCGGGGGUGCUGAAGCCCCCAGGUUUAAAAAUAUUUUAGAGACUAUCCGUGCCUUCCAGCGGAGAGAGUUCCGACCCAACCCAAGGGCUCUUCAGAAUCUAAUAGAAAUGGGUUUUGCAGAGAAAGAAGCCAUCCAUGCCUUAAGAAUGUCUCGCAAUAACCAAGACGCAGCUUGUGAUUGGCUGCUGAGUGAACAGACGGACAGGUCGGACAAUGUCGAUGAAGGCCUUGACCCCAACAGUCCGGUAUAUAAGGCAAUUCUAGCUCACCCCAGUGUUCAGUUAGGUCUCAACAGUCCCCGCUGUUUAUUGGCUUUUCUCCAAAUGUUGGAGAACCCCAUCACAGCCAGCCAGUGGCUCAAUGAUCCAGAAACUGGUCCCCUGCUCAUGCAGAUCUCAAGGAUCUACCACUCGGAGAAACUCACACCAUUCAAUAGGGAAACUUCUUCAUCUGAUACCGACAGUUGAUGCUGGGAUUUAAGGUGGUAGUUUUAGACAUUUUUCCUGUGUUUAGUGUUUUUAAACACAGUGUUGUGUUUCAGUGGGAUUUGGGGUGGUUGUUUUAGGACAGUUGUCCUGUGUUUAGUGUUAUUAAACACAGUGUUUCAGUGGGAUUUGGGGUGGUAGUUUUAGAUAUUUGUCCUGUGUUUAGUGUCUUUAAACACAGUGUUGUGUUUCAGUGGGAUUUGGGGUGGUAGUUUUAGAUAUUUGUCCUGUGUUUAGUGUCUUUAAACACAGUGUUGUGUUUCAGUGGGAUUUGGGGUGGUAGUUUUAGAUAUUUGUCCUGUGUUUAGUGUCUUUAAACACAGUGUUGUGUUUCAGUGGGAUUUGGGGUGGUAGUUUUAGAUAUUUGUCCUGUGUUUAGUGUCUUUAAACACAGUGUUGUGUUUCAGUGGGAUUUGGGGUGGUAGUUUUAGAUAUUUGUCCUGUGUUUAGUGUCUUUAAACACAGUGUUGUGUUUCAGUGGGAUUUGGGGUGGUAGUUUUAGGACAGCGGUCUUUUGUUUAGUGUCUUUAAACACAGUGUUGUGUUUCAGUGGGAUUUGGGGUGGUAGUUUUAGGACAGUGGUCUUUUGUUUAGUGUCUUUAUACACAGCGUUGUGUUUCAGUGGGACUUCAGGUUGUAGUUUUAGACAUUUGUCUUGUGUUUAGUGUCUUUAAACACAGUGUUGUGUUUCAGUGGGAUUUGGGGUGGUAGCUUUAGGACAGCGGGAUUUUGUUUAGUGUCUUUAAACACAGUGUUGUGUUUCAGUGGGAUUUGGGGUGGUAGUUUUAGGACAGUGGUCUUUUGUUUAGUGUUUUUAAACACAGUGUUGUGUUUCAGAGGGAUUUGGGGUGGUAGUUUUAGACAGUUGUCCUGUGUUUAGUGUUUUUAAACACAGUGUUGUGUUUCAGAGGGAUUUGGGGUGGUAGUUUUAGACAUUUGUCUUGUGUUUAGUGUUUUUAAACACAGUGUUGUGUUUCAGUGGGAUUUGGGGUGGUAGUUUUAGAGAUUUGUCUUGUGUUUAGUGUCUUUAAACACAGUGUUGUGUUUCAGUGGGAUUUGGGGUGGUAGUUUUGAGGACUGUGGUCUUUUGUUUAGUGUCUUUAAACACAGUGUUGUGUUUCAGUGGGAUUUGGGGUGGUAGUUUUAGACAGUUGUCCUGUGUUUAGUGUUUUUAAACACAGUGUUUCAGUGGGAUUUGGGGUGGUAGUUUUAGGACAGCGGUCUUUAUACACAGCGUUGUGUUUUAGUUGGUAGUUUUAAGACAUCUGUCCUGUCUACAGUGUCCUUUAACAAAAUGUUUCAGUGGGAUUUGGGGUGGUAGUUUUAGGACAGUGGUCUUUAUUUAGUGUCUUUAUACACAGUGUUGUGUUUUAGUUGGUAGUUUUAAGACAUCUGUCCUGUCUACAGUGUCCUUAAACACAAUGUUUCAGUGGGAUUUGGGGUGGUAGUUUUAGGACAGUGGUAUUUUGUUUAGUGUUUUUACAUACAGCGUUGUGUUUUAGUUGGUAGUUUUAAGACAUCUGUCCUGUCUACACAAUGUUGUGUUUCAGUGGGAUUUAAGGUGGUAGUUUUAAAACCUCUGUCCUGGGUUUAGUGUCUAUAUACACAAUGCUGUGUUUCAGUGGGAUCGAGGUGGUAGCUUUGAGAAAUCUGUCUAGUGUCUUUAAACACAGUGCUGUGUUUUAGUGGGAUUUGCUUGGGAUUGAGUUUGAACUAAUUGAAGAGCUAAGCUUGAGCUUAAUGAAGAGCUUCAUUGAGAAGUUUGUGUUUACCUUACUUUAGUCUUUCAAACAAUGGAAGAGAUUUGGCGUGAUCAUCUCUACAUCAUUCAAAUGGUACUGAACAUUGAAUUAUCAGUUAACAUUGUAAAAUAUUUCCAUACCAGCAUAUAUCAACUGUUUUUUCUUGUGUUAGUUUUUUUUUUAUAUUAAAUGUAUAAAUACAGUAAGGUAAUUAGAAAAUAUGGAAAAAUUUGCUGAAUGAAAUUUCAAUUUUUGUUACAGUUCAAUUGUUGUUUUUUUUAUCAAACACCUUGAAAUUAUUUGAAAUGAAAUAAUUAGUGACUUUCUACUAAUAAAUAUUUUGAGUAUAUUUUUGUGUCUUUUAUGAAAAUUGUGAAGUAAUAAAAACAAGUUUUUUAUUUAAAUUGUUGUUUUAAAAUAAAUAUUUCUUUUAACAGAUUUUUCAAACUCCUAAUUCAUUAUUCAUACGAAAUAAUUAUUGAUGUGUGGACUAACAUUUUAUAAUUAAAAAUACGCCUCUAACAGGUUUAGCACCAUAAAUAAAUAACUUAUACUAGUACCAAUGAUAAUAAUACUUUUUCUAUUAAGGUUGGGCUUAGAGUUAAGAAAACUAUUUGACUUGGGGGGUAUGGCUUGUAAUUGACUUGUAUCAUGUGUAGUCUGUAGUCAAUAUUAUGAGGAUCCAGUUUACAUAUUGUAAAUUAUGGGAUUUGUUCCUAAUUUAUUACUUUACUAUUUACCCACUCCAGUGUAUUGUUGUUUAUACAAUAUAUAAAUCAUCCAAGCUCCAGAUUUUUAAAAAAUAAUUAAACCCACAUCAAAUAACAAGCAAUCAAAAAGUAUGAACUUAUGUGUGUAUCCUUGCUUCCUUUCACUAAAGCUUAAAGUAGUGGAUUUUUCUUUUCUAUUGUAAUAUAUUUUGUUUAUCAGUUGUAUAAAUGUUUUUAAAAAAUUCACAUUUUCAUAUUUGUCAACGUAUUUGAAUAAUUAAUUUAGCACUUCAGUAUGUCUUGUUAAUUAAGUGGUAGUGUCUCAAUCCUGUUACAACAUUCUAUAUUUAUUGCGUGGGUUGUAAAUAUUUUUUUAAAUGAAAAAAAAAAGCUUUAUGUGACUAAAAUGGCACAUUUAGACUUUAAGUUCACUCAUGAAUAAUAAUGUUUUACUGAUUAGUAUAACUAUCAAAUUAAAAACAUCAAUCUUAAACAUAUUUGUUUCUUUCACUUCAUGAGAUUGUAUUUGAACUUUUUAACAUAUCCAUAUUUUGUUUUAAGUGUUUGUUUUCUUGGUAUCAAUACCAUGUAUUGUUUAUAUGAUUGCUGAUCCCCUGUAUGUGUCAGUAUUGAUCUGUUUUGAUGUGAAUUGAUCCCUUUGUGUUACUAUGACAAUUUACCACUGUGAUGUCUUCUUCGCCACUUCGUUAAUAUAUUUAACAAGCAAUUAAAAAAAAGUUAAAUGUAAAAGAAAUGAGAAUUAAAUUUUUCAUGGUUGUUUGAAAAGCAAUGUGGCUACUUUUUUUUGUUUGAGUUAUUUAUUUUUUUGAGAAUAAAAUGGAGCAGAUAUAAAUAAUUUUUAAAUAAUUUACUGGUUGGGGAAAAAGUCAACAGAUAAACUGAAACUUAGAUUUCUCCAGUACUUAACGCAAAACUUCUUUUAAGUAUGUCCAUCAAAGGGGUCAUCUAUAAAUAACGCCACAGCUCUAGGGGGGAAGGAAAGUAGGGUCGGAUUUUUUAGAAAAUAGUGGACGAAGACAAAAGAAGAUUGGAUACACCUGGGGACAGUUGGAGAGACUAGCCCAUGACAGAGACGCCUUGAAAGCUUUUGUCAGCGGCCUAUGUCCCAGGAUGGGCAACUGGCUAACCUACCUUACAUAACCUAGUGACCUGGGGAGGGGGGGGGAAUAAAUCAUUUUAAAAAGUAUGAUGUAAUUUAUAGAUGACCCCCAGCGCAUAAUAGCAAUAUUAGUUCUGGGAAGAUUAUAUAAAUUUCUUGAAAUAAAUGGAACUGUUAUCUAAUCAGCGCAGGUCCAAGCCUUACAAAAUUAUAUUAUUAUUAUUAUUAUUAUUAUUACAUGAAUUUGUUUUCAUUUUCUGAAUUGAAUCAAGUUUAUAUCAUUUUAAUCUCUUUGUAAUUCACUUUUGUAUGUUGUUCUUUUUGUUCUAAUGCAGUAUUUACUUUUUUUUAUGAGUAGAUUUUUGUUUACAAAUAAUGUGCAUAAAACUGGUAUUUUGACAAAUGAAAUGAAGAGUUUUUUUUCAGUCAUCUGAGUUUGUGAAUAUUUUAAAAUUCUGGUCAAGCAAGGUAAAAGCAAGCAUUGAUCAUAAAAGAUGUCAUAGGUAGUGAAACAAUUUAUUUCAAUGUUAGUAUUUCUAGCUUAUUAAAAAUUGUAUAAAUUAUUACCAAAUCUAGACAAUUGGCAAAAAGAAUUUAAAAUAUUUUUUUUUUUUAAAUCCUGUUUCUCCAAAAAUAAAAAUUUGAGUUUGGAAAUGGAAAUGGAAAUGCAGCUAAAGCUUUUUAGAUGAACUUAAUUUAGUUUGUUUAGAAACUUAAUGAUACAUAAUGAAACAAAAAUAUUUGAUGCAUACCAAUAACUAGUCUUUGGCCUGAAUAAAAAAUGUAUUUAUUUAAUUGAUUUUGUUUUACUGUAUUGUUUAACUGUAUAUUUUUGCCUAAAUUUGAAUUCUAGGUUGACUAUUUUAAUUUAUAUUAAAUCUUGUUUGAAAUGUUGACAAGGAGAGAGAUUUUAUUUUCUUAUAAUUAUGUUUUUGCUUGUCAGAUGUAUAGAUUUAAUA